AUGAUAACCAAUAUCACACGAGAUGAUUUUGAUUCAAUUUGUCGAAUAUGUCUUCGUGGAAAUUAUAAUAUGCUGAAUGUUAAUACUCAAAAUAUAAUAUCGAUGAUUGAGGCAUGCUCUUCGCUGCGUAUUUCCAUGGACGAUGAAUUACCACAUCAAGUAUGUUCGGAUUGUCUUCAAAAAUUAGAAAAUGCAUAUCAAUUACGUGAACUAUGUGAAAAAUCUGAUAAAAAAUUGCGUGAAAUCAUUGAAAUUAAAACUGAACUUGAAAAUGAAAGUUUAGUACAAGCAAACAAUGAACUAGUCUCACAAUUAUACGUUAAAAGAGAAGUAUUCAUUAAAAGUGAAGAUCUCUCCGAGGAUGAUGAUGAUACUGACGUAUAUAAUGAACAUACUACUGGUGACGAUAGUCAAGUAUCUGAAAAUGAAAAAGCAAAUAGUGAUAAAAAGAAACGUAAAAAAUACAAAGUUUCUCAGUAUAAAUGUGACGAAUGUGAUCAAACAUUAGAUGGUGUGUGGAGAUUAGGAUUACAUAUGAAGAAAAAACAUGACUCGCCACCAAUCAAAUGUGACAAAUGUGAUCAGCAAUUUUAUCAUCGGCUUCAUUUAGAAGAGCAUUUGAACAAUCAUGAUGAAUCACAACUACAUUGUAAAGAAUGCAACAAGAAAUUUGAUUCCAUAGCAAAAUUAAAAAAACAUCAAGUUGCUCAUCGACCGGAACAAUUUCAUUGUUUAAAAUGUGAUUGUUCAUUUAAAGGAAAAUUUAUGUUAAAUAAACACGAACAAAUUUAUCACAGUGGAUCACGUCCUCGUGUAGAUUGUCACAUAUGUGGUAAAAAUGUAAUCAGUUCAAAUAUGGGCGCCCAUAUGAAAAUUCAUCAAGAACGUGUACCAUUCUCAUGUGAUGAAUGUCCCAAAAAAUUUGUACGAGAAAUUACGCUCAAGGAACAUAUAAUGAAAAUUCAUCGUAAUCAAGAAAUUCCAUUAAAACAAUUAUGUACGAUAUGUGGUCGAGGUUUACGUGGCAAAUCUGAAUUACGUCGACAUAUGCGUUCACAUACUGGUGAAAAACCAUUCCCAUGUGACAUGUGUGAUAAAAGAUAUCGUGAGAAUAAAGCAUUACGACGCCAUGUAUUAAGUGCGCAUAUGAACGAACGGCCUUUCGAAUGUACAGUUUGUUCGAAAGCUUUCCAUACUAAAGCGAUUUUGCAAGCGCAUAUGCGAACACACACUGGUGAGAGACCUUACAGUUGUUUAGUUUGUAAUAAAGCGUUUGGUUCGAAAAGUUGGCUAAAAGAACAUAUUAAAAGUCACAGUGAGUGAUUCAAUUUUGGUGCAAUACGUAAUUAUUUCGUGUAUAAUAAUUUUGUAUAGAGAUUACUUAAGUAUAUUUUUUUAUCUACUGAUUAAACAAUAUUGUUUCUCAUGGUUUUCCGAUUUUGCUUAAGCAUUUUAUCAUAAAUUUCGUGUCUCGGUCCAGCUCUUGUAAUGUGAAUAUUGACUUAUUCGAAUAAGUUAUUUCCGUUCCCUUCAAAACUCCCAUAGUGGUUCAUGGAGUAGUACCUGAGUAUGAAUCAGCCGUCUUUAAGAUAUCACAACGGAUCUUAUGUUAAAAGUGUGUCUUACCUUAAAGUACUCUAAAAAAUAUAACUAAGCUAACCCAAGAAACGAAAUAAAAAUUAAAUUUUUAUGAUACAUAAUUAAUAAAUAAUUAUUUCUAAUAUCAUAAGCAUAAAUGGGCUUUAUGUUACAAGAAAGUGUACGAUUGUGGAUACUAAGCACUCCAAACUUUAACGAUGAACUUUCUCAGAAUUUGGAAGAAGAAAAUAUCAAGAUAAUUAUCUAGCGUACUUGAACCGGGCUUUAUUUGAGAAAACAAAUUAUUAGCUAGGCUAGGAUAUUUGGAAAGAAUAAAGAAAAGUAUAGAUGAUUGGUCACAAAAAACCAUCACAAUGGAAGGGUAUCUAGAGACGGGUUAGAUCUCUAGCGGAACGGGUGUUGUUAUUGCUAAUAUUAUUUUGCUUAAAGAGUGUAGUUUUAUAAGAUCGAAAAAAUUAAUGACAUAUCGGUCGUAUUUGAACCCAAAAAAUUUAUAUUUCCAAAACAAUACGUAUUAUUAGUACCUAAAUAAAACAGCAAAAAACAAGUUUUAUACUUUAUUGUAAACUGUGGGACGCUCUGAAUUUAAAUAAAAAAAUUCAGAAGUUUUCAAUCAGAAUCGCCCUAUGCUUUUACAG